AUGCUGGAAGGUACAUCGCGAGGACGAGCUGCAAGCCCGCAGUAUCCAGAGCGCGACGAGGAAGGGGAGCUUUUGUAUGAAGCAGCGGCUCAUGGGGUGACCCAUGUCGCCCGGUACUACCACCAUGAGACCGUCCGCGUCGACGGCAGGGCUGAUGACGUCUUGGGUAUUCGAAAAGGCCUACUCAUCCCAACGACAGGCCAAAAGAGAGCUGGCGCAAAGCCUGCCUCGGGCCGGAGCAGGUCCCGCCAAGCACAUAAGGACUCAAACAGCAUUACAGGGCAGAAACGGUCUUCGGAAUGUGUGGACGCAGCGUUACCCCCGCCACCCAGCAAACGCACCCAGUCAAGCUCUCCGACGAAACACCUGACCGACGGAAAACCACAGAAUCGUGUGCACCGCCGCGUUGUUGUCCGGGACUACGGGAAACAUAUCUUUGAGAGUAGCUCAAGGAUCGCGUUGCUUGUGGGUAUAUGUCUCUUUACCAGAACGCUGGCCUCGUGCAAAGUGAUAUCUCCCACCGAAAUCUACUUGUGA